AGAGCGAGGAGACAAGAAUUAGUCUUCAGAGAAAGAGGAAGGCUCUCCUUUACCUCAAGGCUUCCAGGAGCUCUACCCAUCAUGUGGGGUACGAAGCUCUGCCUUUUGCUGCUCGUGGCGACGUCCACACUAGCCCAGCAAGACUUUGGAGGUAUUGAAGAACAAGGUCCUGUUUGCUUAUUGGGCAAAAGAUUUAAGAACUUCAGACGAUAUGCUUACAACUAUGAAGCCGAGAGCUAUAACGGUGUGAAUGGAGCUAACGACUUCCAGAACGGCCCCAAAGUCUCCUGCAAAGUUGAGAUCGAAGUGCCCCAGACCUGCAGCUUCGUCCUCCGUACAACAGACUGCUCUCUGGAUGAGGUCGUUACAGAUGACUCAGGAAACACAGUGGCUCAGCCUGCUGCCGGAGCCCAGGCCUUCAAAGCUGCCAUGGAGAAGAACACUCUGAAGUUCACAGUUGAAGGACAGACUGAUGUCAUACUGUUCCCAGAGGACGAUGAACCCGUCAACAUCCUCAACAUCAAGAGGGGAAUUGUGUCUGCCCUGCUUGUUCCUGUGAUGGAAGAGGACAAGAACAAGGAAAUGGCCACCGUGCACGGAGUUUGCGCCACCGAAUUCACCGUCAAGGCCAGAGAGGACAUCGCCACCCAUGUAACCGUCAGCAGGGAUCUGAACCGAUGUGACUCGUUCACCGCUCGCAGGCAGGAGACCAGCCCUCUGGCCCUCAUCACUGGCCUGAACUUCCCUCUGUCCAAGAUGAUCAGCAGCACUCAGACCUGCAGCUACAACUUUGACAACCAGAAGAAGCACAUGACCAGAGGAACCUGCGAAGAGAAACACAUCUUCCUGCCUCUCUCCCACAAGAACGAAUAUGGAAUUUCUGCUGUGGUGAAGCAGACUGUGACUCUGGUAGAGACCGCCAAGAUCAACGACAGAGUCUUUGACCACAAUGAGGACAACAAGAAGUACCUGACCAUGGAUGCUGUUGAGGACAAGUCUCCUGUGCAGACCAAAGAUAAUGUCAUUGAAACCAUGCAGAAGCUGAACACUCUGUCUCAGACUACUAAGGGCGAGCGUCGUGCAGACCACUUCCACUCGCUGGUGUCUGAACUCCGUGGACUGAAGGUUGACAUCCUCACCCCCGCUGUUGAGGAGAUGAUGGACGUCUCCAGCUCUCUGACCUGGCAGGCUCUGGCUCAGUGCGGUACCCCAGAAUGCACCAGCGCCAUGCUGAAGAUCCUCAGGACCUUCGACGAAGACGCUAUUGAGGUCGAUGCUGUUGUCUAUGCCCUGGGACUACUGCCCCAACCUUCCCGUCUGCUGGUGAAGGACUUGCUGGCAAUGGCUCAAUUCAAGCAGAGCAAACCCAUCAUGUAUGCCUUGAGCAAUGCAGUCAGGAAACUGUACAAUGCUGAAGGAAACACCCCUGAGAUCACUGCUGUCUAUGAGUACAUGGCUUCCCUUCUGGGUGCUGACUGUGCUGGAGAGAAAGACCUGACCUUCCUGACUCUGAGGGUUGUUGGCAAUAUGGGAGAUGCAAUGGAGGCCGCUGACAAUACCAUUAAGACCACCCUGCUGAAGUGCAUGAGACAGCCUGCAACCACUCUGUCUGUGCAGCUGGCUGCCAUCCAGGCCUUCAGGCGCAUGACUAUGACUGAUGAGAUUCGUUCCAACCUCCAGAGAGUCAGCCAGUACCCCAAGGGUGCUGUGCAGAAGCGCCUGGCAGCUUACCUGAUCUUGAUGAGGAAUCCCACGGACAGUGACAUCGAAAUGGUGAAGAAGCUGGUUAAACAGGAGCAGAACGCACAGGUCAAGGCCUUCGUGACCUCCCACGUCUACAACAUCAUUUCCUCUACUGAUUCGGAGACCAAAAACCUCGGUCAGAAAAUCAUGGAUGCCCUGCAGGACACUGAUGUCGAAACCCACAAUGAGUACACCACAAAGUCUCGCAACUACAAGCUGGGCAUGGCACUUGAGAGCAUGCAGGGCGGCGUUCAGGGCAACGUCAUUUUUGAUCCCAGCAGCCAGUUGCCAAGGGAGGUCCUGCUGGAAACUACCCUGAAGGUCUUUGGAUACAGCAUGGAUAUCUGGGAGGUUGGCGUGGAAGGAAAAGGCUUUGAGCCAACCAUCGAGGCUUUGUUUGGAAAGAACGGCUUCUUCCCUGACACUGUGUCCAAGGCUCUGUACUGGGCUGAAGACAAGAUGCCACCAAAGGUCAGAGAGGUUCUGGAGAAAUGGAUUGCCCCCCUGAAAUCAGAUGGACAAAAGGUUCCUGAAAAUCUUGUGAGGGAAAUUACCCGCAACUUCAACAAGCUGGUUAAAGAUCUGCAGAGCCAGGAGUCCCCAGAGGCCAUGGCCUACCUGAGGAUCAUGGGAGCUGAGCUUGGCUACAUCAAGGGCACCGAACUGAAGUCUAUGGCUGACAAUGCAAUGAUGUAUGCAAACAUCUUCAUGAAGAUCAUUCCCGCCAAGUUCAUGGCUAACCUGAUCUCACGAACCGACAAUGAGCUGUUUGCCCAUUACAUCUUCAUGGACAACAAAUUCGUCUUGCCAACAGCAACUGGAUUCCCUCUGACAUUUGCUAUGUCCGGUACCUUCACUCCUGGUGCAAAGGGAGGCAUUCGCUUUGCUCCAAACAUGAAAGAGAUGGUGUUCAUGCCCUCUGCUGGAGUAAUGUUCAAGACAAAGAUGGGAGUCCACAUCCCUGAAUUUGUUGCCUCAGAUGUUCAGAUGCAGACCAAUUUUUACCACGAGAGCGCGCUCAACGCCAGGAUAACCAUGGAAAAGAACCAGGUCAAACUUUCCAUCCCUGCUCCCCAGGGCAAAACCAAGUUCUUCAGAAUCAGCAAUACUGUGAUGAUUAUGGUUGCUGGAAAGUCUGUAUUGAUCCCACGCACCCAAACUGAAGAAAACUGCGGCGAUCUCUUCACUGGAGUCAAAUACUGCACCAGAAUCCUUAGUGUCGACAAUGACGACAAGACUGAUGCUCCUUACAUGCCCCUGACUGGAAAGACUCAGCUUGCUAUUGACAUUGAGCCUACAAACAAAGUCACCGAGUACACAGCCACCAUCGCCUAUGAACUCCUCAGCGAAGGAAAGGACGGUCGCCAGAAGGUUGAUUCUCUGAAAAUGAUCCUGAAAGCUGAAGGUGAUGAGCCUACCGAGGCUACAGCCACCAUGAAGUACAACAGGAACAGGAAAGUCUUGACCACUCAGAUCCAGAUUCCUGACUUUGAUAUUGAGGCCGGCGUUAAGAUUGGCAUGAGCGACAGCAGUGCCAAAGGCAAAUCCAUCAUCUUCGAAAUCUCCAACAAGAAGGUGCCCCAGCUCUCUCUGAUUGGCCGUGCUAAGCUUCAGGCCAUGACUGAUGGCAUGCUGCAGGUUCAGCUGUUAGUCCCAUCUCUCAGGACCAAUGCCACCGUCACUGCUACUCUGAACAAUGCUGAGGGACUCACCAUGGAGCUCAAGAAUGAUGUCAAGCUCUCAGAUAUCACCUCCCUACAGACAGUCACCUUCAAAUAUGGUGAUGAACUGGCUGAGGUUCAGCUGGCUUCCAACAUGGAGGCUGAUAUGAAGGUUGCAAUGCAUUACACCGAUGCUCUCAAGACCUGGCUCAGGCAGUUUGCAGAUGAUGUUAUGGACCAGCGAGUUGUCAAGACUGACAUGAAACUUCGCCACAUCCUCAACAAGGGAGUUGAGGCCAGCAACAUCUGGAUGGACAAGAUCUCCGCUGAUGUCCCAUAUGUUGAGAUUCUGAGGAGCAGCUUAGCAAAGGUGGAAAUGCCAUCUGUGCCUGAAAGCCUAUUCAUGAACCUUGAAAGCACAUUCACAUACAAGUUCAACAAGGACCAUUUGACAAUUACCAUUCCUCUGCCUUAUGGAGGCAAAUCAUCUGAUGAGCUCAGGAUUCCUCCAAUGAUCACCUCCCCACAAGUUUCUGUUCCUCAGCUGGGUGUGGAGUUGGCCCCACAGGAGAUCAGAAUCCCAACGUUUACCAUUCCAUCUGAAUAUGAUGUGACCCUGCCUCUGGUUGGACUGAUGGAGGUGUCUGCCAAGUUUGACAGCAACUAUUACAAUUGGGAGGCAACUGUAUCUGCUGGUAACAAAACUGUAGAUUCUCCUCACUACGUGGCCGAAUACAAGAUUUCAACUGACAGUCAAUUCGAAGUCCUCAUCUUCACAGCUAAGGGAGCCUCAAAAGUCACUGACACAGCAGAUAAAACUAUGGAGUUCACCAUUGAUAGUUCCCUGAAACACUUGUACAUCAACACAGGUUUUAGUGUGCUGGAGACUGUUGCUCUCACAGACAGUGUGCUCUCAACAGGGCGCUACAGCAUUCAGGCUGAUUCCCCUAUGGGGCUGGACACUUCUCUGACUAUCACCACCCAGUUCACCUUAGACUCAAACAUGCUCUUUGGCGACCUUAACACAGAUGGAAGUGUGACUAUUGGACCCAUGACUGCUAGCACCACCUAUCUGCACACCUUCUCUGUUGAGCCUGCAAAGAAAGAAGCAAAAAUGGAGAGCACACUGAGGGUGAACUCUGAAAUCCUGAAGAUUGCAAACAAGAUGAAGGCAUCAUAUGCAGAUGAGGGACUUCUGUUUGAGUAUACCACCAACAUGAACAGCGACCCCAUCAAGCACACCACUAAAAUGAGCCUUACCUACAAGGAUGUCAAGCUUACUGUCCAGUCCGACUCAGUGACCAAGGCUGAGGAGAGAAUGCUUCGCAGCCAGAUGGAGUUCUCUGCCUCUGAAGGUCAGGCCAGCCUCAGGAUUGAGAAUCAAGCUGAUGAUACAGAAAACCGUGCCUACUCUUUGCUUACUGGGUCCCUGAACCCCUCUGGUCUUGAGAUCAACGCUGAUGCCUCCUUGAACAUCUUUAAGAGCCUUGCCUCUCACAAAGCAACCUUGGCCCUGAACACGAAUGGCCUGACCACCAGUUGCACAACAACUGCCCAGUUCAGUCCGCUAACAUUUGAGAAUGUUUUCCAAGGUGGAGUUGACCAGUCUGGUGCUACCAUGUCUCUGAAAACAAAGGGAGCCAUUGAAGAGAACAAAGCUGAGUUCAGUGUUGACGGAAAGAUUGCAAGCACUGAAGUGUAUCUCAACAGCAUUCUGGAGGGUAGCCUCUUCGACAUCAAUGGCAGGAACAGAGUGAAGCUCGAAAUGAAUCAAGAUGGCUUGGUCCUCUCUAGCAACAUGAUUGGAUCUUUCAAAGAAAUGAGGACUGAGAAUGCCCAUUCUCUGUCUCUUUCACUGAGGUCUUUCAACCUCCAGUCCAAGACUGACAACACCCUUGAUGAAAGAAACUCUUACAUGCAUGAGAUAACAGUCAACAUGGAGCGUUUCACUGCCUCUGUCAAUGUCAAGAAUGACCUGAAGAUGAUGAUGAUUAAAUUUGUGAACGAUGCCCAGUUCAAGGCAGAGCCCUACAACAUAGAGCUGACUGGUACAGUGAUAGGAGCCAUCUCAGAGGAAGAGCUGAAACACAUUUAUGAAAUCAAAUUUGUUGACAUGGUCCUGUCUGCAGAGUGCAAGACUGAUGGUAAACUCCUGGGAUCUCACAUGAGACAUGCAAGUAAAAUGGAAGUUGCUGGUCUGACCGUGAAGUUUAACAACAAGGCUACCAUCAAUUCACCAUCUCUCCGUCUGGAUAGCACAGUUAAAACUGUAGCUGCACCCUUCAGACUGGACAUUGAUGCCAUUUUCAAUUCAGAUGGUGAAGUGCAUCAGUAUGGACAGCACAGUGGUCAACUGUACAGCAAAUUCCUCCUGAAAGCAAAACCUAUGCUGUUCACACAGUCAUUUGAGUACAGAACCUCAACCACACAUGAGCUGGAAGGCGGACCCACUAUCAAGACCAAUAUGGACAACAAGUUAAACAGCAUGCUGAGCCUUGAAGAGCAAAGCGCCAAAAUGAAGAUUUCAACUAAAUUAAAUGAGCAUAGCUUUGAUCAUGAUAUGACAGCCUAUAACAAAAAAGACAUAAUGGGCAUUGAAAUGACAGGUACCGUCUCAACUCCCCUCUUCAGCGAUGACAGUCAAGAUUACAUCAUCUCUGGCUUUGUGAAGUACAACAAGAAUGACGAGAGCCACUUCAUCCAGAUCCCCUUCAUCGAGCAUCUGCCUGAAGUAAUUGAAAACAUGAAGACCACUGUGAUAACACUGAUGGACAGUGGCAUUGAGAUGCUGAAAGACAUAAACACCAGGUAUGAGAUCAGUGAUAAGUUUCAGGACAAGGUGGCAGAGUUGAAGGAGGUCAUUGACAACUUUGACUUCAACCUGUUUGUCCAAGAUUUGAGAAAAUUUGUCAGUUCAAUUGAAAACUACAUGAUCAACCUGACAGCCAAGUUCCCAACUGACAAAGUCAUGAAUCUGCUUAAAUCUAUCAAGGACACCAUCAUGGCUUGGAUCAAGAAAUAUAACAUUUCUAAUAAGUUCAAUGCAAUCUACACCAAAAUGGAGGAGAUCAUCUCCAGCUAUCAGGUUGAGAAAAUGAUCGGGGCCAUCAUGGAUGAGAUUGUUAAAAUUAUGAAGCAGUAUCAAGUGAGGGAGAAGAUUCAGUAUGUGUUUAAUGCUCUCAAGUCAAUUGACAUCCAGCCUUUGUUGAACAAAGUUAAGGCACCUGUUCAGGAGUUGAUGAAUGAACUAUAUUCAUUUGACUUCAAACAGCUGAUUGAUGACAUGACCAACUAUUUCAUGAGAAUGAUCCAGAAUAUCAGAUCUUUUGACUAUGACACAUUCACCUUGGAGCUGAAAGACAAGGUGGUGGAAAUGAGCAAGAUCCCCUGCUUUGGAAAACUUUAUGGUGAGUUUAGAGUAGUCUCCCCUCAUUACAAUCUCAGGACCACCGCUGACCUGGAAAACACCACAACUACAUCAGUCACACCAGAGUUCAAAAUGAACUUCAACUCAAAGGCCACAUCCACUUCGGAAAUCCUGGAUUUCACUGUGGACGCCGAAGCACAUUUUGUUGCACCUGAGAUGAGCCAUUUGGCCAUCACUGAGAACAUCAAGGUUGAUCAGUCAUCCUUUAAACUUGACCACAAGGGCACCAUGACUCUCUAUGGCCUGUCAGGUCAAGCUUCUGCUGAGACUACUGCAAAGGCCACAACUGAGCUUUAUGUUGCAGAGCUGAACAACAGAGCAGUCUUUACAAUGGAAAAUACAGUUUCUGCCACAGUGAAGACAAGCUAUAAACACAACAUCAGCAUACCAGCCUUCAACACCUUCAGUGAUGCAAGCAUGAAUCAAACGACAGUUUUCCAGCUUGAAGAUGGUUCUGCACGUUUGACCAUAAACAAUAUAGGCAAUGAAAAAUUUGCAGUUCAGACCUUCUCAGAUGAGAUAAAACAUAAUAGUAAAAUGGAAGUGAUCAUGGAUCUCCACACUUCCAAGGUGACCUUCAAUGCAAAAACAGAUGGCGACCAGUUUAAAAUGAAUCAAAAUGCUAUUGUUGAUGUAUGCAUUUUCCGCCAUGUAAUUAUUGAGGCCAAGGCUGACACAGAAACACCUUUCAUGAAGGACAGUAUUGCAGAGGUCAAGUUUCAGGCGAAGAUUGAAGACAUGACAAUUGAUUUCACUGCCUCUCACAAUGCAGAGCUUGUUGGUCAGAUUGAGGGAACACUCUCAAACUCCGCUCUUGCCUCGGUCAAACCUACGGAGCUUGUGUUUGAUACCAAGAACAAAGGAAAUGUCAAAGUCGCCCUUCCAUUCAAGCUGUCUGGAAAGAUGGACCUCCAGAAUGACAUCGCUUUUACCCUGAACUCUGAAGUGCAGAAAGCUAGUUGGACAGGUGAGGCUAGAUUCAACCAGUACAAAUACUCCCACCAAUUUACAAUGGAAAACGGUGAGACAGAAAUCAGCGUACACAGCAUAUACAGCCUGACCACACCUGAGCAGAUAUUUGACAUGAACACCAACCUGAAGUAUGCUAAGAACCCUGAAAUGAUCACCAUUGACAUCGAUAUGGAUCCAGUCAUCACUGCCAUUAAUACCAACAUCAGGGCAAUGCACAAAAAAGUGCUUCUUGGCAAAGAUAAGGCUGCUGACAUCCUUGCUUCAUCUUAUAACAAAGCAAAGGCAGAGUAUGAAAAAUACAGCAUUGAGUUGCCUAAAACCAUUACAGUCCCUGCCUAUAAAGUUCCAGUGAUGAACAUUGAGAUGUCUACAUUCACAGUUCCCCUGCCUGACUUCACCCUAAUCACAAUGCCUGCUCUGCAUGUUCCAUCUGCCCUCAGCAAGCUGACCCUCCCAAAAAUCACUCUGCCCAAAGUUCAGAGCAUCAAGAUCCCAGUAAUGGGUGAUCUGACUUAUGAGUUCUCCAUGAAAACUGCAGUGAUCACACUCAAAACUGAUGCCAGCAUCCUCAAUAAGGAUGGCGUCAGCAUCAAACUUGAUGCUUCCUCAUCCUCUCUAUUUAAAAUUCUGAAUGGAAAGAUUGAAGGCAACAUCAACAUGAACACUGCACAUGGAUUUAAAAUGGCCUCCAUCCUUGCUGUAGAACAUCCCAUGCUAGAGGGAAAGCAUGACAGCACCAUUUUCUUAAACUCUGACAGGGUAGAAACCUCUGUCACCAAUUCAGCAAAGGUCAAUCUACUUGAAACCAUGGAAAUCUACCAGGAGAUCACUGGAAAUCCUGAAGAAGGCCUUGUUGUCUCCAUGUCCACUCCAUCUGCAGGACACAUUGCAGUCCAGAUGCAGGCUAAGCGGCCAGCACAAGUGAAAGCAAGACUCUAUGGUCGCUACCCAUCUGAGCCAACAACAGACAUUGACAUCAUGGCCCUGAAGAUGUCUGUGAAGAACUCUGAGAUGCUGAACUUCCAAACAACCUGGAAUAUGGAAAUGCCAUAUGAGAUGAUGCUGACAAUGAAGAAGGAGGUGCCCAAAGUCAUGAAAAUGGUGUCUGAUCCUGCUGCUAGUGCAUACAAAAAAAUCAACAGUGCAGUUAGGGAUCUUGGGGUUCACUUUGAUCAGGUUAAAAAGCAAAGUAAUGAGAUGUUCAAUACGGCUGCUGAGAAACUUGAAGCAUUUAAUCCAUCUAAUAUUAUGACCACUGUCACAGACAAGACCAUUGAGAUCCUCAAAGAGUACCAAAAGAAGGUUAAAAUUGUUCUUGAUGCUGUUGUUAAAUUCCUGAGAGAGACCAGCUUCCAAAUCCCUGGCUUUGAAGAGAGGUUGUCUGGUCUUGAGAUCUAUCAGAAAUUCAGUGCUUUUGUUGCUGAUGUAUCUGAGGAAGCUGUUCAGAAGAUUCCACAGUACUUUACCUCCAUGUUUAAAGCAGUUAUUGAUUAUUUCCAGUCCAUUGAAAUCACCCUUCCUGGCUCCACUUACAUUGUCAGUGGAAGAGAAAUUCUUGAUGACUUGUCAGUGCCUUUGAGGAAACUCCAGGACCAGGUGAUUGUUACAGUGAGGAAAAUUGGAAACAUCCAGCUGGAGGACAUCAUUAACAAAUUCUCAGCACUCACACAGUUUGCCACUGAACAAUGUGAGAAGCUUCUCCAAACUCUUAAAUCAUUUAAUGUAGAGAAGCUCUCCACCUUUAUGACUGAAGUAUACAACGAUGCCGUUCACUCUCCUGUCCUGGCUGAUGUUUUGAAGCAGGUUGAAGAAGCCUACAGCAUUGUAAUGGAAUAUCUAAAAGCUGUGAAAGCUAAAUUCCAAAACAUUGUGGCCGACAUGUCUUGUGAACAGCUCAUUGCAGACAUCCAGUCCUGGAUUGACUCAAUGGUAAAAUGCGUUAACACCUUCCACAACAAUGUCAUUAUGAGCCUGAAGGAAAAAAGCAAAGUUGCUGAACAAUAUGUGACAGUAAGCGACAGACAGGUGGAGGUUGACAUCCCUAUACCAUUUGUUGCCAAACUAAACUAAGUGACUGUGGCUAACAAAAGUAGUAUUUGAACAGUGUUUGUAUUCACUUUCUCUGUUUUGUAACCAUCAAGAUGAUAGUGAGUUUAUUGUCAUUACAAAAAAAAACACAACUGUAAGCUAACAAUGAUGUCUGUAUGUAUACAUGUCUCUCUACUGUUUUUCAAAUUGUUAAUUUUGUUUAUUACUUCACCGUAGACUCUCUGUUGUCAUGGUCCUACUGUACUCCAUUUAUGUCUUGUACUAUUUAAAAACCUCUGUGGCAUCAAUAAAUACAAUUUGUACCGCA